GGGGGGGGGACAUUGGUUGGGGCAAGGAUCAUUUUAUGCGAGCUUGCAUUUUUCUAAGCUUUACCCUGCGUUUGAACGGGCGGAACGGAGCGCUCCCUCCCUGGCUCUAUCCUGAUUCCGAUCCAAACAAAGAUUGAAACACCAUUGCUUGUCCACUUCUCUUCUAUAGGCGAGGGGUUCAUGGGGAGAGGCCAUCCCAACCACGAGGCCGGUUUUUUCGCGAUUGGACGCCAAGAACUCCUGUUCCCCCGUUCCUUUUUUUCCGCUGAGGGUUCGCAGGAAGGAUUUAUCUUGACCCUAGUAAAUCAACAACCACACCAAAAAAAAGCUAGACCUUGGACUAUUCACAUCAGUAUCACACGACGAUUACGACCAGCACAUCGACAGGACAUAUUUUCGGGUGGUAUUGUUGCUAGCGGAAUCAUGAUGCCCAAGUGGGGCAGGGAAGGUGCCGCAUAUUCUACCAGGACAGCUUUCUCUUCUUUUAACUGCCCCACCUGACACGUUGGGCAUCGCUGGCUGCUCGCGCGACCGUGGCUUCUACAUACAGACGAAUAUACAUUCAUACGAACACACACACACACACACAUCCGCGCGCAGCAUAAACAUGAUCUUAGAGUGAGGGCAUUGUUACUUCAAGGUGGGUCGUAGCGAAGGCACAUAUUACGUGUCCAGCAUCAUAUCGACCGCCCUUGAGCAGACUUAGGAAUGAGCUUAUUGAAGAUGUAUCGUCAACACAGCCAAACAUGGCAAUUGAUUAGUCUCUUCAUGUCGUAGUAUGAGUUUCAAUAAAAAGCAUGCAUUAAGCCGAACACCACUUUUGAGGGCAAGAAGAUCCACUCGUUCUCUCUCGGGAAAUGUACAAUUCAAUAUUUUCGGCU